AUGUCCAUCUCAAGAGGCAGAUCCUCUUCAAAAAUCGAUUUACAAAACCUCAACAACAACCUAUAUGUGGCAAAUAUGUUUAAUGAUAUUAACGACAACGAUCCUCCAGAAAUGAAUAACGAUCCUGUUUAUUUCAGAAGUUCUCAUAAGAAACUAUACUCAAAAAAAAAUCUACAAUUCACCGCCAAAUCAAAAGCACAUCCUAAAUCUGCUUCUUAUGGAAAAAAUCUAAACAAAUUGUCUUUAUUAACCGGUAAUAACACCAAUAAUAACAACAAUACUAAUACUAGUCUUGCUCCUUUAUCCAAAAUCAAAUCCCAUGACCCUAACCUCUCAAACUUAAUUUCUAGUAAUGUCAACUCAAAAAGUAAUUCAAGUAUUGUAUCAAACACAAAUUCAAAUUCAAAUAACGAUCUACUAUUAUACAGAGCUAGAUCAAGAUCAAAACCAAAAUUCCAUCUUACUACUAAUAACCAAACAUCUAUUCUAUUAAACAAAAUCAAUAACAAUAACAGUAAUUCCAACACUAAUAUUAAUAGUUCAAACAACAACAACAACAAUAAUUCGCUGAACAACAUUGUAAAUAACCAAUUGGUUAAAACUAUUUUAAACUCAAAAUACCCCAAAAAAAACAGUAAAAAUAACAUCAAAAAACUUUCUAAUAAUAUAAAUAAUAUCAACAAUUUAAAUAUCAAUAGACACAGCACAAUAAGGCUAAAAAACAAACUCAAAAAUGAGGCAAAAGAAAAAAUUUUUCCAGCUUUUGAUAUUGGUUCCUUUAAUGAUCACCAUGGCAUUGAUCAUUCCGAUAACAAUUCAGAUUAUGAAGAUUACGAUUCUUCUAAUGAUUCAUCAGCAGAAUCUGAUUCUCGGUAUUCUAUAGAUACCGAUAACAAAAGCACUAAAAGCACCAAUUAUUCAAAUGCUAAAAGCGAAUUAAUUGAAUCAAUGCCUCACAAUAAUAAUAAUAAUAAUAAUAAUAAUAAUAAUAAUAAUAAUAAUAAUAAUAAUAAUAAUAAUAAUAAUAAUAAUAAUAAUAAUAAUAAUAAUNAAUAA